AUGAAGUUUGGUCACAACUUUGAUGACCUAUCAAUCCCUCAAUGGCGUAUACAUAACCUAGACUAUAACCACCUCAAAGGAGAGAUCCGCAAGCUCACAGACUCCCAUGCCAAUACCGAAGGGUUUCCGCCCCUUAAACGGAACUUACGACAUUUAAAUCGUGCUUUCGUGGAAGAUUUCGACCGGGUUUCCUUGUUUGCAAUCACCAAAUAUGGCGAGCUUUCUCGGCGUUUGGCAUUCCAGGAGAUGGCAUUCUCUCUGAUAUUGCCCCGUGGAUCAGUAUCGGAAGAUGGAACCUUGGAUACUGCUUCCAAUUCCGAUAUUCGGUCGGCUCGUCGCCGCAGUCUCGUGGAGGACCAAAUCAAGGUGGACGAAAUUUUGUACCAGUGUUACGAGUUGUCGGGAACAACCCAAGACCUCUCGAAAUUCAUCCUCAUGCAGAAAAUUGCAUGCCGAAAGAUCUUUAAAAAGUACCAGAAGUACGCCCAAAAUAAGAAGAAAGCUCAAGCUUUUGUCGAUAACCUCAAGGACUAUUUGUACACCAACGAACACUCAUUUUUCAACGUCGAUCUCUCGUCGCUUACACUCAAGCUUGCAGAGCUCAUACGCUUGAUCAAAGAACACCGGAGCCGGUUAUGUGACGAUUUGAAGUCCAAGUCUUACAGCCCGACAUCGCUGAUUGUUGCGUCCAUGAAUAAAUUGGCUGCUACCAACCCUUCUCCUUUGCAUGUUCAACAAAAAUUUUCUAGUGCUGGCACAGAAUUCGAUUUGUUAACCUGUGUUAAAAAGAACUUUCACAUUGAUUGCAUCAUUCCCGACGAAACAAACUCGGUUAACGAAACGUUAUUGAACUUGAACGUCAAUUUGGGGCUUGAUGUCGUCGAUGUCAACCAGGAAAUUGCCUACAUGUCUGUUUUGUUCCUUCAAAAUUCCGAUCGAAUGGACGAAGAUCCUUCCUAUAUCAUAUCUGACCAUUCGCAAGACGUUUCCACCGUCGUAGCCCACACAGGCGGGCUUCGCAAGUACGCUUACUGCGUGCUUCCGAACGACGUUGUACAAUACCUUUUGGACUAUUUAAACUCAAAAACUGAUAAAUUGAAGGGAUAUUUCCACCACACCACUCUGAGCUUGCUCACAAAGCUCACGAUUGAAACAAUAAUAAAGCAGAAACAUACCCCGAAAUGCAGGGUGGACUUUCAAAGACACCGGUACUGGAUGCGGAAGGACAUCGUACUCACACAAACACAUAGCCAUGACGAAUCAACCCCUUCUUUGUUUGAGGGUAAAACGUACCAGGACGAUUAUUACAUUACUUUGGACAAAAAAAUUCAAACAACUACCGAUGCUAGAAGCAUUAACAUCUUGGGAGAAGUUGUUGACGAAGCGGUGUUUGACAUCUUCCCCUACGCUCACCUUAUGGUUCAUUCCAAUGACUCGAAUUUGUCGACUUUUGUCAACGAUUUGCGUACUCCAAUUGAAGACGGUACUAUAGGUCGGAGUUAUUCGUCAAGUUUGUUGAGAAAGCUUCCGGUUAAGAUUCAAGACUUACUCACGAACAAUAACUCCUUGACUUUAGUGAAAAACUUGUCAUUCUAUCACUAUAUGCUUUCUUGCUACUUCAACAUGGCCCUCGACCACCAUCACAUCAACAGUGAAUAUUCCAAUUUGCUCAAUUUGAACCUUCUCAAGAAUUACGAGCAGGUGGAGAAUUUCAAGAACCAGCGAAAUGCAGAGAACAGACUAUUAAAGAACAAUUCACUUCAAGUGUUGCAUCAUCAAAACUCAUUAAAGUCAUUUUCCGAUUUGCACCCUCAACCACCAGCGCUCAAGAAAAACGAUUCGAUGCUAAGUAUGGCAACCACCAAGGACGAUUUGUCGAUAUUCACCCAUGAUUAUCUGGGACGUCAUGGACUGUUGGAAGAGCUCGUUUCUGAUGAAGACAGCACCAAUGAGGAAGAGGACAAUAAUUACCUGCAUUACUUGAAGUUGCACAUACAUCGGAAUAACGACGAGUCGAUAAUCGGCGACUUUAUUCUCCGCAUGCUUCGAUUCAAAAAGAGAGCGUUGUCCAAGCUCACUUUUUCGUCCAAUAAAGGACGCAGAGAAUACGAAAUUCUUAGUGACGACCUCGAGCGCAAUUAUGGCUCCACCCACGACAACGACAUGUCUGUGGGUCAGCGGAACUUGCGUCGAAUCUUCGAGGAGGAUUUUGAUCACACGUUGUCAUAUUUUUACUUCUCCCUUUUUUUCAUAUCAUUAUUCGUAUCCGGAGUGGAACUCGGAAUUAUCUACAGUCUACUUGGAGCCCAGGACGAAGACUCCAAAUUACUCAUGUCGAAAAACCUUUUGGUUGUUCUCGUAUUGCUCUUGGGGUUGUUUGUAUCAUUAAUAUUCGGCAUGAUUAGCAUUAAUCUCAACCUCCAGCGAUACUACCCUCUAACGUCACACACUGUGAUUCUAUGGCUGGGAUUUGCAGUGGUUGCAUUCGCCAGCAUCUGGUGUGUGAUUGUUAUCAUGGAACAACGCUAA